AUGAAAAGGUAUCGUUUGCUUCUCGAUAGUAAAAAGAAUGGGUGGAAGCUGCGCGCGAAGGUAUGGCUCCAACAUUUUGUUCGAAAAUAUGUGCCCGAUCCACGCGACAAUCCCCUUACGGAGCUCCCAUUAAGUGCAGAGUCCUACGCGAAAUCGCAUCAACAACAGGAAGGCAGCGUGCGCAUUGGCAUUCGUCCAGGACAGUCGAUCGAGGAUUACAUGGUGGAGCGUGACCGCAAGUGGAUUAGGGAUCAGCGCGUUAUAGUAGAGGAUGUGGUGAGGGAAGAAAACCUGCAUACCACCAAGGACGGUUUCCCCUUUUUGGGGGUCGGAACACGCGAGACGUACAUGGAUUUGGAGUCUGCGAACAAGAAGAUUAAGUUGCCCGAAGAGAAGGACUACGUGAUGGAUGAUGAGCUCGCACUGCUGCGUCGCCAGCUGCAAGUCGAGAAUGAGGCCGAGUAUCGUAAGUUCGCCGCGGAGUCGAAACGCAUCGAGUUAGCCGCGCAGGAUUCUCAGAAGCGCCGUAGGGCUCAUCCGAGCGACCCCAAGUACGAUCCAUUCAAACUCACACCGGAUUACCGGCCACAAGACAGCGCGGAGCUCGCGCGGUGGUUGAAGCGGCAGCGUGAAUCAGGCCGUUCCGCGAGUGGGAGUUCUCUUCAAACCCGCGAAGGACAGGAGCGCUUUUAUAACGAGGAAAAGAUGGCCACUCAGUAUUUUGCGAAUCCAUUUGCGAAUCGUAUUGAGGAGCCCCGAGGGAUGUCGAAGCGUCGGAUUACCGCAUACUCCCCGGACAGUGUUUUUGUCAACGAUAAAGAGGUGAUCGGAUCGUGCAUCGUGACCGAGAAGGCUUACUACCACUGGAAUGUGAGUAGUUUCGAGGAGGUGAAUGAGCGCACCAUGGCGAUCCUCCUUCACUUAUAUCCGGUGCCCGACGUGAUUUUUCUCGGAACGGGUCGAAACCUCCACUUCAUUGACGAGGAGCUGCGCAUCGCAUUUCAGAAACGUGGGUCUGUUAUCCACUGCCUUACGACUCCCCAGGCCUGUGGGCACUUUGGUGUUCAGCUCUCCAUUUCCCGACGCGCCGCGUUGGCGGUGAUCAACCCGGUGCCCACGAACGGCUACGGCGUUGAAUGCUUCGGUGACUUCAUCGAGAACGACAUGUUCUCGCUUUCGGAUACGCAGCUUGGCAUCCCACCCCAUCGUCAAUUCUCUUCCACGAUGUUCAAGGAGAACCGCGUGGCGGAGCGGUAUCGCCACAUGCAAGGGACGGGCAUCGGGCCGCGUUAUCAUCAACUCAGCGACGGCCGGCUUGUGCGGCCCGGGACGAGCGGAACGAAGCUGCGCCCGAUGUUGGAGCCCGGCGAGAAGGUCGAGUGGGAAAAGCUCCCGUCGUACUACCAUUGGUACCCCAAGGAGACCCUCGAGGACUACGUCGAGAACAACACGAUGCGGGAGAUCCAAGGGCGGCCGAUGGGCGAGCCGCUGGAGCGGCGCCUAAAUAAGGCGCUCCGCAGCGGGCCGGAGCCCAUCAAGGAGGACUCGCCCAAGUUGGAUAUCAUGCCAUGGGAGCCCGCCAGCAUCCCUGUGUGCAAGUUUGCCCAUGAGCGCAACGAGGACGAGAUCAUCGUGGAGGACCCUAAGACGGGGCGGAUUAUUGGCAUGGAUCGGGAAACUUACACGCGCUGGACGAAGAUGAUGGAGGAGCGGCGUGCGGGGCAGCCGGAGUCGGAUCCGGUGGAGUACGAUCAGGAGCGCUAUGUUACCAACCGGGACGGCAUCGUCUUUGAUUUAUCGAAGAUGAAGUACCGACCCAUCUUUCAGGGCCGUUGGAACCCGCGACGCCAGCAGAGCACAGGGAGAACGAGUCCGAUCAUGGCGUAG